AUUUAGUUCUUACGUUAUUCAGUAUAAAUUGUAAUAUUAACAAUAAACAUUCUGUUCUAUCUUUUUGACAAAAUCUCAAUAGUAAGUGAAGAGUGAAAGUGUCAAACGUUCCAAGUGCCAAACUUUCAGAUUUGCAUUUAUAGAUAAAAAUGAAUAUCAAUUUGACCCUUUACGGAAUAAUAAUACUAGUGGCAAUUUCAUUGAAGUUAAUCUUAAGAAAAAUUAAAAAUCGAAGAAAAAUUGCAUUGGCCAAUCGAAUACCGGGGCCUCGUGGAUUAUCGUCCAUAGUUGAGUUGUUGUCAUUUAGCAUUCAAGGGCCUAACAAAUUUUUGGAAAACCUUCUUAAUUUGCACAAAAAAUAUGGAAAAUCUCUAUUUAAAGUAUGGAUUUUAGACGACCUAAUUGUUAGCGUCACCAAACCCGAGGAAAUAGGGCAAGUGCUUACUAAUACAAAGCUGUUUAAAAGGUCAAAACACUAUUCAGUUUUUCACGAAUCUUUUUCGAUCGGUAAAGGUAUAUUUUUUACUGAUAAUUUCGACGAAUGGAAACAUAACAGAAAGCUAGUAUCGGAAGGAUUAAAAUUUUCAACUCUUAAAUCGUACAUGCCAAUUUUUUACGAAGAAGCAAACGCUCUUGGUAAAGUAUUGUAUGAGCAACGUGACCAAAUAUCUCACGAGUGUGAAAUAAGUAAAGCAGUUAGCAGGGCAACAAUGGAAAUUAUUGGAAGAACUACUCUAGGCAUACAAUUUGGUGGUCAGAAAAAUUCUAAAAACCACCUUUUAGAAAAUAUAGAAUUCCUACAAGAGGUUUGGGAACACAGAAUUGCAUAUCCGUGGUUAUUGAAACCAAUUUUGUUUCGGCUGUCAUCGUUAAAACGUGCACACGACGAGAGCCAAAGUUCAUUAUUCAAAUGGUUAGACGAUUAUGUUUACAAAAAAAUAGCGAAUUCGAAAAAUAUUGACCCAGUGGAACAUGACAAAGAGCACAAAGCUGAGGAACCUAAAACACUUAUUGACAUUUUGCUUGACAACAAUCCACCGAUGUCGUUCAAUCAGCUACGUUCAGAAUUAGCAACGGUUAUAGUUGGCGGUCAAGACACUACUGCUAUAGCAAACGCGUGCAUCAUAUUCAUGUUGGCUCAUCAUCAAGACGUACAAAAUAAAGUUUACCAAGAAAUGAGUAGAAUAUUUUCGUCUGACGAUACAAACCGAUCGCCGACUUAUGGGGAUUUGCAGCAAAUGGGCUACUUGGAGUGCGUGAUCAAGGAAACGCUGCGACUUUACUCACCUGGGCCAAUACACGCCAAACACGUCGACGAGGAGGUUACAAUAGGAGACACUUUAAUCCCUGCCGAUUCGACUAUACUGAUCGUUAUUCGUCAUGUACACUUGAACCCCGAACUCUAUCCGGAACCCGAAACGUUCAACCCGGACAACUUCCUGCCGGAAGCAUGUCAAAAACGGCCGCCUUAUUCGUUUAUUCCGUUCAGUGCCGGUUUCAGAAACUGCAUAGGAAUAAAGUACGCGAUGCUUGAACUGAAAAUCGUCAUAUCCACGUUGGUAAGGUCUUAUAAAUUUUCACCGGCAGACAAGUGUCCUACGCCACAGAACCUCCGCCUAAAGUGUUUAGGUACGUUGAAAUUUGUCGACGGAUGUUACGUUAAAAUAGAAUCAAGAACGUAAUUUCAAGUAUGAAAAAUUACAAUUUUCUAUUUAUAUAUGUAUAAUGUAUACAUAAAUAAACAAUGCAUAGUGUUUAUUAGUUUAUAGUCGAUACAAGUAAUAUUAUAAAAGUUAAAUAUUGUUUUAUUUGUUAAAUUAAUCACCAUUACAACUUAAUAAUUUUUUUUGGUUUGAGAUUUUUUUUUUAAAUAUCGUAUAUGUUUGAGUAAAACAAACAUUUCUUAUUGAUUUUUUUAAAAAUGUAUUUAUAAGUUAUUAGUUUGUCCGUGGUGAAGGAAGUUAGGUGUUUGUGGAGCCAAUGAUAUAAAACAAAUUUAUUUUUUAUAUAUA